AUGUGCAUGUCACCUAAGUACUGUACUAGCGAUGCUCAGUGCAGAGUAUUUGAACAUUGUUUCCUUAAUAAAUGUGUAAGGGACACAAGAGCUUGUCCCGGUUCUACUUGUCCAGCAGGAAUGGUUUGCGUUAAUGGACAAUGUCUUCCGGACCCUCUAAUAGCAACACCAAGACCAGGUGCUGGAGGAUGUCCCUCUCCAUGGAUGCUUAAUGAACAGUUUAAUGCAUGCUAUUAUGUUGGUCGUAGUUCAUACAAUUUCUUCACAGCUAGCGCAGAAUGCCGUAGGCUUGGUGGGACAGUUACAUCGAUCGGUUCAAUUGCAGAAAUGACUUAUGUAAAUGGCCUGGUCGGCGCUGCUGCAUAUUGGAUUGGAUAUCAUCGUACAGGCUUCUCUUCGAAUUGGGAAGAUGGAUCGCCUGUAGUCUUUACGAAUUAUAGACGAGGGCAGCCAGAUGGAUGUUGUGGUGGUGCCGGAUGCCUGGUCGGCGCUGCUGCAUAUUGGAUCGGAUAUCAUCGUACAGGCUUCGCUUCGAAUUGGGAAGAUGGAUCGCCUGUAGUCUUUACGAAUUAUAGACGAGGGCAGCCAGAUGGAUGUUGUGGUGGUGCCGGAUGUACGCUAGUUAAUUACAGAGGUAAUAUGGGAGAAUGGGAUGAUGCUGGAUGCCACAUAAUAUGGCGUAUACCAACUUAUGUCGUUUGUAAGAGACCGCUUUAG